CUUGCCUCGAAGUUGUAUACCUAUCACAUUUGAAUCGGGAAGUCUCCGUAUUCUUUCCUCUCUCUCUCUCUCUCUCUCUCUCUCUCCCCGGUAUAUUUUGUUACCAAGUCGCCCCACCUUGGUCCUCCCCUUCGGAACUUCCACUUCAGUUGAAAUCUCUUCAACUGUUUCAUGUUGCCGAAAUUCUUAUAUACACGGCCUAAAGUUGCAAGCUUUCUUCUGUAAUCAGUUUUCAAAUACAUUUUCUUCUUUUGCCAAUACCCGCGUUCUUUCAGACUCUGAAUGAUGGCUCAAAAGCACUUACACGAGCUACUGGAAGAAGACCAAGAGCCAUUCCUUCUCAAGAACUACAUUGCUGACAGACGCUGCCGACUCAAAGGGCCCUCACCCAAGACCCAGUUACAAGCUAUCAAGAAACGAAAAUCCAUCUCCAAAACGCCGAGCUUUCCUGGAAGCUUUUGCAAAAACGCUUGCUUUCUCUCCUUCCACGACUCCCCGGACCUCAGGAAAUCUCCACUCUUCGAUUUUUCAUCUCCGGCCAAGAGCCCUUGCAGAAGCCCAAAUGCCAUUUUCCUCCACAUUCCUGCCAAAACCUCAGCUAUUCUUCUUGAAGCUUCUCUGAGAAUUCAGAAACAGUCAUCAGCUUCAAAAUCCAAAGCCCAAAACAAAAACCAUGGAUUUGGUUUAUUUGGGUCAAUAGUAAAGAGACUGACCCACUGGGGCCGAAAUCGCGAGAUUGAAGGCGAUAGAAUUAACGUCUCAGUGAAAGACAUUCUGAAAUGGGAUUCAUCAGUUUGCCGAACCUCCAACGAAAGCCUGAAAAGAAUGCACAAAAAAACUGUGGCCAUGGAGGACAAAAGUGCUUCCGAUAAAAGUGCUUGUGAGACGACGUAUUCUUGUUCUUGUAAUGGUAGGCCUAGUAGUGCGAUUUGGUCAGAAAGUAAUGAGGAAAGGUCUUUGGACCUCGAUUUCUCAAGUAGUAGCCAAUCCGUAGACUCUGAAGUAAUUGAAUUGUUGACCAAACGGAGAGAAGAUGCAGAUUUCUCUUGCUGCGACAAACAAUUUUGCGAAAGCCCUUUCCGUUUCGUGCUCCAAAGAAGUCCAUCGCUGGGCCGUCGGACCCCCGAGUUCACGUCACCCGCGGUAUCCCCUAGUCGCCACAAAAGAGAGGAAAAAGACAUUUCUGAGGCGGGGGCUCUCGAAAAAUUCCAAGAAGAGGAAGAGAAAGAGCAGUGCAGUCCAGUGUCUGUAUUGGACCCUCCAUUCGAGGACGAUGACGAUAGACAUGAAGAUGAGGACAUGGACGAGGACGAGCACGAGGAGGGCAGUUUUGAUCACGAAUGCAGCUAUGCCCUUGUACAAAGAGCAAAGCAGCAGCUAUUGCACAAGCUUCGUAGAUUUGAGAAAUUGGCUGGAUUAGAUCCAAUUGAGCUUGAGAAAAGAAUGUUAGAACAAGAAGAGGAUGAUGACUAUGAGCAUAAUGAUGAUGACCUAGAGGAAGAAGAUGAAAUUGAAGAUGAGCUGGAAGCAUCAUGCAGAGAAGAGAAUGUUGAUAGGUUUCUUAUGGAAGUCCUGUGCAAAUCCCACUUCCAGAGUUUGCGGCAAAUCCCAGAGGACAUGAAGAGAUUGGUUUCAGAUCUCAUCAUCGAGGAUAGAAGAGAACAGGAUGACUUUGAUAAUAGAGAAGAGGCGGUGAAUAGGGUUUGUAAGAGGUUGGAAUCAUGGAAAGAGGUGGAAUCCAACACCAUUGACAUGAUGGUAGAGCAAGAUCUCAUAAAAGAGCUAGAAGGGUGGAAGAGAAAUCAGCAGCAGGCAGGAGAGACAGCACUAGAGAUUGAGCUGGCUAUCUUUGGAUUAUUGGUCCAGGAAUUGUCUGAGGAACUAGUUUCUCUCGAUGGAAAUUGAUGGGAGCUGAGGUUACAUUCAAAUUGAAUUUUGUUACAACUUCUUCUUUAAUUUUUUAUUUAGUUUUCCAAUGAAGCAUAGUCUGACUUGCACUAGGAUGGAAUAGGCUAAAUAGGAAAAGACCGAGGAAGGCAAGAAAGAUGCGACUUAGAUGGUAACAGGCACCAUGUAUAUGGAGAAUGUAAGUAGUGGGGAGUGGUGUAUUAUCCUUGCUUAAUGAAACAUGACGUGUAAUUAUAGAGUUUUUUUCCCCUAUCCUGGAGGUUUUUCUGUGCU